GCCAACCCGAAAACAACAAACAACAAAAUCACCAGAAUCUCCCAAAAUAAUUCCACCUUUCUCGCCCAAAACAGCAGAUAACGAAUUAAAAUUAUCACGAAUGUUUUUCAAUGGUUACGAGGCAAUUUUUCGUGGCGUGAAAUGGGGCUAUGAGGGCCUCCAACUGAGCGACUCCAAUGAAGAGAAACCGGAGUAUCCGAGCCCUCCCGUUGGAUAACCUCACUCUCUUCAGACACCCACCCCCAGACUCCUUGCACAAUGACAGACUAUAUUUCGGUGAGGAGGUCACGCAAGAAAGCGAGAAAACGCAAGUUUUGUCAAGCGAUGACUCGGACGUGAUCUUGGCGAGUGUAAGGGACUGGGGGAGUAAAAGCUCCUCAAGCUCCCUCAGUUGGGGCGAAGAGUACAAAAGUGAGGCUUCGAAGCAAGUCAAGGAGGAGCUGGAGCGCAUGGACCGGGUCUUGCGAGGAGAGGAACCAAUCCCCAGCCACUACGACCAAGAGGAGUACCAAGAAUGGAUGCAAUUUUUCCCCAAUUUAUGCGUUUUGGGCACAAAAACCGGCGUUUAUGUAAAUUCAGUUGAAAGCACAAACGAUUUCGAGGAAACCCUCGCCAUUCACCCUGAAGAUACCUGUGAUAAGAAGGUCGAAACAAGCGACCGGAUCAAAAAGGCUGUGAUUGACCAGAUUUACGAUAAAAUCGUCACAAAGGCGCCAAAAAUCACACUAAAUGACAGUAUUGACCUUGAUAAAUAUUUGAAAAUAUCGCCAAUAGGAGGCGCUCGCUUGCCUCGUCGCCAGUUGUCGUCUCGGUCUUUGAUGUCGUCUCAGAUUUCUUCGUCAAAGUGGCUCAAAGAAGACGAUUACAGUUCGUUGCCGUUCGUUUCGGUGCGAAAUGGACGGGCGCCACCGAAAAGCAUCCUUAAGAACAGUCUUGUGCUGCCCCCUAUCGAGUCAAGGUCAGCGCUGUCAAGCAAGAGUAUGUCAGCGCUGAGUCGUCGCAAGUGAAAUGAAUUGUAAAUCUGUGUGUAUUUAUUCAAAUAGAGCUUUAUUUUCGAA